UUUUGACAGCGCGGUCAUUCAUGACCCACGCGUUCUUCGUCCCCCUAUCGACAUCGAGAUCGACUCCGACGACCAUGCCCGUCAUAUUGCCCCAUUUGAAGAAGACCCUUUUUCGUGGGAAAGAAGUUUACCUGCUUCUCGCCAUCUGAUCGUGGGGCCUCAUACAAACGAUUCAACAACCUCAAGCAGAUACUCAAGUCCAGAUAAGCGAGUGGGGGACCUUCAACCACCCACAAACACACAUCCCCAACACCUUCCUGCAAGAUGUCAGACCCACCACAAUCCUCCCGCCCACCAACUGACCCUAAAUCCCGCCCCAGCCCCACCUCUAAAAACUCAACCAGCAACAGCGGAAUUAACACCAUAUCCAAACCCCUCCCCUUACCCUCCGUCACCGAAAGCGGCCCUUCCCCUGGCGGCCCUUCCUCCUUGCAACCGCAACCCUCCUCCCAACAACCCCAACUCCCUGGCACAAAACUAGCAACCUCCCUCACAACCCUCACAACCCAAACGCGCACCGCCCACGACGCCCUCACACGGAUGAUGCAGACCACCACCCUCCUCCGCGAGCAAGCCGCCGCGCACGGGACAGAGUGCGAGGCGCUGGAGGCGGAGAAGAAUCGGGCAAAGGCGGAGCUGGAGGCGAUGGUGAGGAGGGUGGAGGGGUUGGUGGGGAUGAAGGGGAAGGUGGAGGGACGGUUGAGGGAGUUGAGGGUGGAGAAUGGGAGGUUGGAUGCGGUUUUGAUGGACUGGGCAGCCGGGAAGACGCCUACAUAGCAGCACCGUGAACAGGCCCUGACUUUCUGCAGUUUUGAGAAGCCAUGCGCGUAGCAUAGUCAUUUUUGCAUGAACU